UCUGAAACACCAAACAUAUCUCGGUGCCGUUGUUUGCCGUGUCUGGAUCGAGUUGCUGGCCUUCCCUUCUUUGCAAGAGUUGCGCGACCGACAAGCCGCGGCGGAGAGAUCACGAGUCUUGGCGCCAGCUUCAGGCAGACCAACUGCGCGACCGCCACCCUGCCAUUGCGCAACGACCCGACAUCGAUAUGACAUGAAAAUGGUACGAGAUUGCUCGGCAGAUCACUGGCUCUCUCCGCAUGUCAAUACCAUGUCGCGUGGUGGCCGAAAUGCUUCGAAAUUGAAAAGGGGUGCCGCGAAUUCGAUGAAUAUAUAUUGGAUUAUUUUGCCGCCGUUGAUAUCCCCGGGCACCCACCGCCAGGGACGACGGUGGAACCCGGGGUGCCCCAGCGUUGCUUUGUCGCUUGCUUUCUCGUUCUUACCAUUCGGACAUUUCGCUAACAAUUCAAUUCCCAGAUGCAGCGCAGAUCCCUGGGUCGAAUCCCCAAAUCAUGCCAGAGCUGCCCCUCUUUUUUAUCCUUUUUGCAAAGGAUUGGCAAGAAGUCACUGCGGGCUGGUUCAACACGAGCGUCUGUUUGAUGUCCUCAGGUUGAGGUACAUCAAGAAGGCGACGAGGACGUUCAUGAAUGUCCGAACCAUUUUUUGGACACAAUUCAACAUUUUAAUGUGGCCGGCUGCGAUCUGAAGCCUUCGGUGCAAGCCUGCCUAAGGGUGUUCGAAAAUGUCGCGCCACCCGCCCCUACGUUCCUCCUUUACGAGCUGGGCACGAGGGCCUCCAAUCACGCCUAGAUGAGCGUAAAAGGCUCACCGACAA